AUGGAGCAUGACCAGAACAGUGACCAUCCACCCCCAUACUACUUAGCAGUAGUGCCCACCCAGCCUCCUCCAGAGUAUGGAGAGGUGGUGGGAACAAGAGGGUGGUCUGAUACCCCCUCCCAACUUUACCACAUCAACCAGCCGAUGCCACAUGCAAAUGUCAUCCAUGUCUCUCAGAGUGCCCCCCCUCGUCGUAAGAAAAGCUUGUCGUGUGAGAACAGUUCCCACUGUUACAGAGGAUCAGGAGAAGCCACCCUACUGCUUGUCUUCCUCGUUAUUGCUCUCUGGCUGGGAGUAUGUUACGGUCCAUCCCUGGUGUCUGGCCACCAAAGCAGCAGUGAAGCCUACAAGCCCAGCGAGAUGGAGAAAGACAGCUGUCCCUCCAACACUGUGGAGUGUGAUGGCCGACAGGAAUGCAAACUGGGCAGUGAUGAGACCAAUUGUUUAAGGUUCGGGUCGAACGGGGCUCUCCAGGUGAAGACAAACAGCGCUGGUAGUUUCCUCCCUGUAUGUUACAGUGGCUGGAACAAGGGCCUGGCUGACCAGACCUGUGCACAACUAGGCUUCAGAGCGAGUCAUAGCACUAGCAGUGUGAAAGAUGGGUCCUCUACCACUCUCACUGUGACAGGGCAGACCUGCAACACCAUCCAGGGAAAGGUGUCAGUAAACUCAUCUUGCCUCAACAAGGACACUGUAUCCCUGCAUUGUAUCAACUGUGGCCGGCAGCAGUCGUCCAGAAUCAUAGGGGGCUCUGCAGCGAAUCUGGGCGAUUGGCCUUGGCAGGUCAGCCUCCACUUUCGUGGUUUUCACACCUGCGGAGGCACCCUGGUGGCUCCUGACUUUGUGGUGACAGCAGCCCACUGCUUCCCCAGGAAAGACUCAUCGUACCUGGUGCCCAAUAACUGGCGUUUGUACAUGGGCAUGGUUUCUCAGACGAUGCUGCCUGUCCCUGAGAUGGUGGAGAAGAUCAUUGUCCAUGAGAGCUAUGAUGAUAACACCAACAACUAUGACAUUGCCCUGCUUAAACUCACACAUUACGUAGACUACUCCAACAGCAUCCAGCCUGUGUGCCUGCCUGCCUAUGACAAGACCGUCUCCCCUGGGACAAAAUGCUGGACCUCUGGAUUUGGGACAACAGAGGGGACAGCCCGUGGAUCCGCAAGUCUUAUGGAGGUGACUGUGGACAUCAUUGACUCCAGUGUAUGUAACAGAAACACAGUCUACAAUGGCCAGGUCUCUCAAGACAUGUUGUGUGCUGGAGAUAUGAAGGGAAGCAAGGACUCCUGCCAGAGGGACAGUGGAGGUCCUCUGGUGUGUAAGGACUCAGACCAGCGCUGGUACCUGAUGGGGGUGACCAGCUGGGGGGUAGGCUGCGGCAGGAGGAACAUGCCGGGGGUCUACAGUCGUGUCAGCCGCCUGUUGCCCUGGGUCUACAGUAAGAUGCAGGUAGGGAAAGGAGCACCCAGGACCACUGGGAAGACACAUGCUCAGACAACCUCAGCACUGGGCAAGCAAGACCGUGAUAUGAUCACAGCUGCUCUCAUCCAGGGAUGCUCAGCAUGUCUUUUGGACCUGACAAUGAGACUGGUGUGA